AUGCAUAUGUUGUUAUUUAAACUCAACGAUUUCGAUAUAAUAAUGAGUGAUCACAGAAUCUUGGCUGACUUAUUGGUGGACAAAGAUAUCGAACAAUUAGUGGCGAAGACUAUCAAAGAGUUCGGCAAAAUUGAUAUUCUAGUCAAUAACGCCGGUAUCGGAACUACUGUUCAAUUAAAUGAUCAAAAAUACAUCGAAACCUUUGACGAGAUUUUUAAGACUAAUGUUAGAUGUAUUCAAGUGUUGACAAAACUAGUGGUCCCUUAUCUGGAGAUAACUAAAGGCAAUAUCAUUAACGUCUCGAGUUUUGAGGGACUCAGACCUAUAACUAAAGGCAAUAUCAUUAACGUCUCGAGUUUUGAGGGACUCAGACCUAAUCCGGUGACAAUGGUUUAUUGUAUGGCGAAAAGUGCCCUGGACAUGUUCACUAAAUGCCUGGCACUAUCAUUGGGUCCAAAAGGCAUUCGUGUGAAUAGUGUUAACCCGGCCGCCAUUCGGACCCCAAUAUUCCAAACGGUGACCGAAAACGACGAAAUGCUUGAUUGUGUGGAGAAGUAUUGCAAAACCGCUUAUCCCUUAAGACGUAUCGGAAAACCGGAAGAAGUGGCAGAAUUGGUCGCAUUCCUGGCCUCAGACACCACCGCGUCGUUCAUUACCGGAGCACUCAUUCCGAUAGACGGCGGGAGUCUUCGCGCAGAUCUCUCGGCCAUUGACUAUAUAAACCUUUAA